AUGCAUGCGAAGAAGAAUUUUUGGAGAAAUAAUUUGAUUUUGUUUCCAGUGAAUCAAAUAACUGAGAAACUUGAAGGUGGAGGAAGGAAAAAUGAGAAAAGAAGUGGAGGAUUCGAAUUGCAAUUGGGGAGCCCGAAGUCGAAGAAGGUGAAGAGUCUUGGAUCUUCAGGAAAAAUUUUGGCAGUGUCUACUGCUGGGAAGAAGAAAGAGAAAGAUGGUGAUUAUGAUCCAAGAUGUGAUAAAUCCUUGUCUAAGAAGAAAGGCAAAUCUGAUUUAUCACCAAUCAAGUUUUCAUUUUCAAGAUCUAAUCCCGAUCAACAGAAAGACACAUUUGAUAGAUCGAAUUUCACUGAGCAAGAAAUAAAGUCAAUUAAUCUACAAGUAUUGUCAGACUAUUCCCAUUUAAAUGAAGUGGUUAGUAAUUUGAGUGAUGAGCAAAAAAGAGACAUUAGGGAUAUUGGGUUUGGGAGUCUCUUAGAUAUUAGGAUAAAGAAGUUUUGUCCUAAUCUGAAUUUGGAGGUGUUGUUAAAUUACAAUGCAUCUGGAAUGAUGUUUUCAACAAAGAAUGGUAAACUGAUUUUUAAUAAGUUUACCAUUAGUGAUGUUUUGGGGUUACCUGUGUCAGAUAGAGCAGUAGAGGUUAUAGAUGAUGACGCCUUUAGGAGGAAAGGUAGUCAGAUAGAGGCUGGAAGUGCCAGGAAGGAUUGGCAUAGGUUUCUUGGUAUUUCUGAUCCCAAGAAGGUAUAUAUUGGUAGAAAAAAUUGGGAUGAUUUGUUUAAGAAAUAUGAAUCCGGGGAUGAUUUCAAGAAGUUAUUUGUUAUCUUUUCGUUGUCCAAGCUUCUAUGUCCUAUAGCUGAUUUGGGCCUGUGCUGA